AGAUCACGCUGCCUCUGAAGCGAGGGGUGUGGUUAACUGUUAGUCAGUGCGCAUCAGGUAGCCAUGCACACUACAUAACCCUGUGAGGACAGGAGAGGAGAGCAGCAGACAGGCGCAGCACCGGGGUGACUACAUCAGGAUACAACUGUCAAAAAAUGGCCAACAUGCUGAGAUCGUGGAUGAUGCUUGCAGCGCUCGUCGUCUGCCUGCUGGUGUGUUUGAGCAGCUUCGCGGACGCCUACCCUCCCAAACCGGAGAGCCCGGGGAGCAACGCCUCGCCGGAGGAGUGGGCCAAAUACCACUCAGCUGUCAGGCAUUAUGUCAACCUCAUCACCAGACAGAGGUAUGGGAAACGGUCGACCCCCGAGCAGGCGGUGGCGUGGCUGCUGUUUGGGGCUGAUUCAAGCCAAGACACUGAACCACGCUCGGACUAUAGCGAUCAGUGGUAAAUGAGCCCAAUGUUAAUCCUUACCUGGCCCCCACCCCGAUCCUUUGCUUCACCAACAAUCAAAAAACACUGAGAUUCUCAAGAGACAACCUGCACUGGACUGUGUGACUCUCCAUAUUUAAUGUGCAUGCAAAUCUCUCUUUAUCUCCCUCUCUGAUUGUAUUCCUCUCUCAAUAUAUCUAUUUUUGUCUUUGGCCAAAACAUGUAAAUAAUUUAUAUCAAAAUUGAAUGCAAUAAAAGUAUUAAAUAGA